AUGCUCAGGACUGCCCUGGUCCUCUCUGCCUGGUUCGCCCUGGCUGUGGCUUACCCUGUCAAAUUUGAGCAAUUCAUCACUGACCAAGUCAUUAUCAUUGACCAGGAAUCAACCUCUGACCUAGAAUUGACUACUGCCAUAGAGUCAACUAUGGGCCUAGAGUCAACUACUGCCCUAAAGUCAACCAUGGCUCUAGAGUCAACCACUGCUGUAGAGUCGGCCACUGCUCUAGAAUCGACCACUGCCCUAGAUUCUACCUCUGUCUUAGAAAUGACCACUACCCUAGAGUCGACCACUGCCCUAGAGUCAGCCACAGCUCCAGUGUUGGCCACUGCCCUAGAGUUGACCACGGCCCUAGAGUCAACCACUGACCUACCAGACUCAACCACUAAUCUAGAGUCGACCACUGCCCUAGAGUCUACCCCUGCCCUAGAGUCAACUACUGUCCUAGAGUUUACCAGUGCCCUAGAGUCGACCACUGCCCUAGAGUCAGCCACUGCUCUAGAAUCGGCCACUGCCCUAGAGUCUACCUCUGCCCUAGAAUUGACCACUACCUUAGAGUCGACCACUGCCCUAGAGUCAACCACUGACUUACCAGACUCAACCACUGCCCUAGAGUCGACCACUGCUCUAAAAUCAGCCACUGCUUCAGAGUCGGCCACUGCUCUAGAGUUGACCACAGCCCUAGAGUCAACCACUGACUUACCAGACUUGACCACUGAUCUAGAGUCAACCACUGCCCUAGAGUCAACCCCUGCCUUAGAGUCAGCCACUGCCCUAGUGUCAGUCACUGUCUUAGAGUCAACCACUGACCUAGAAUCGACCUCUGCCCUAGAAUUGACCACUACCCUAGAGUCAGCCACUGCCCUAGAGUUGACCCCUAGCCUACCAGACUUGACCACUGCCCUAGAGUCAACUACUGACCUACCAGAUUCAACCACUGCCCUAGCUUCAACCACUGACCUACCAGAUUCAACUACUGCCCUAGAGUCGACCACUGUGCUAGAGUCAGCCACUGCCAUGCCAGACUCGACUACUGACCUGCUAGAGUCAACUACUGCCCUAGAGUCAGCCGUUGCCUUAGAGUCAACCACUGCUCUUGAGUCGACCACUGCACUCGAGUCAACCACUUCCCUAGAGCCAACCACUCGUGUUUAUUUGAAGAACACACAGGCUUUUGAAAUGUCUACUGCUGUGGAAUCAGACAUCCUCAGCUUUGAGAAAGAAGCCACUGAGGCUACAGCAAAUGUCACCAGUGUUUAUUCGGAAGAGCCCAUGACUAGAGUACCAGAUGAGCCCAGCACUUCCGUGGGAACCAAUGAGUCUGUCUCAGUGCUUUUUUGUAAGUUUCUUCUCUUGCCCCUGAUAUUGUAUUGGAGAUCUGAAACCAUUUUCAGUUCUGGUUUUAAUCCACCGGGAAAGGAUUCCAAAUGUAAUGGCUUUCCCAGAUGUUGA